UCGAGGCCGCCACCCGGGCCGCCGGCGCAGCUGGGGUAGGCGCCACCACGUAUUUUCACUCGUACUCGUUCGUGCCGGCCGCCGGUGUAGGCCCCGGGGGAGCAGUGCAGGCCCUAGCCGCCAGCCACCACCACCACCACCAGCCGGGCACCGCAGCUGCCGCCGCCGCCGCCGCCGCUCUAGCCGCCUCCCUGCAACCGGCCACCUCUGCCCUCCACCACCUCGGCCAUCACCAACAACAACACCACCUACAAACCCACCAACACCACCAACAGCAACAGCAGGUGGCGUUUGCCGGUCAGCUCGCCUUGGCCGCGGCCUCCCAACAACACCACCACCACCACCACCACCACCAGCAACAGCAGGCCUGCAGUUUGGCGUGUAGCUGUGCCUGCAGUUGCACGGCGAGUAUUGUGUCUGCGGCUGCUGCUACUGCUACCCCGUCCCACCACCACCACCAGCAACAGUUGGUCCACCAGUUGGCUUACCACCACCAUCACCACCAGCAGCAGCAGCAUCACCACCGAGCUACGGCAGGGGCCAUUGGGGCUAGUGCCACCACGGCCGCUGUACUGCUCCAGCCGGUCGACCGCGCCAAGGACACCAUGAGGGGCAGCGACGAGCUACUGUCGCAGAGCGGAGGCGCAGUCAAUGGCGCAGCGAUGAGUCCGCAGCCGCACCACAACGCCGAGAACAACAACGAGGCCAAAAAGGCAAAGCUCGACAAGUCCCAGAACGUCAAACCCUCACGAGUUAUCCACAUCAGAAACAUCCCGAAUGACGUGUCCGAGAACGAAGUCGUCCACUUGGGCGUGCCCUUUGGCCGCGUCACCAAUGUGCUCGUCCUCAAGGGCAAGAAUCAGGCAUUCCUGGAAAUGUCAGACGAAAACGUGGCCACCCAGGCGGUGAACUACUACUCGACGAUGCCGGCCCAAUUGCGCGGCAGAUCGGUCUUCGUGCAGUACAGCCACCACAGGGAACUCAAGACCGACCAGGGCCACAACAACUCGGCCGGUAGUCCCACCAACUCCAACGCCAACAUGUCCAACAACUCAAAUAUGCAGUCCUCGGGACAGGGUCAACUCCAAGGAAACGACACUCAAGGAGGACCAAAUACCGUUUUGCGCGUCAUCAUUGAGCACAUGGUCUACCCCAUUUCCCUUGACAUCCUCUACCAGAUUUUCACCCGCUACGGAAAAGUCAUGAAAAUCGUCACCUUCACGAAAAACAACUCAUUCCAGGCCCUCAUCCAGUAUUCCGAUAUGGUUUCCGCACAGUCCGCCAAAUUCAGCUUGGACGGCCAGAAUAUCUACAACUCGUGCUGCACGCUGCGCAUCGACUACAGUAAGAUGCAAAAUUUAAACGUCAAGUACAAUAAUGACAAGUCGCGGGACUACACGAACCCGAACCUGCCGACCGGCGACGCCAACCUCGACGCCGCGUCCCUAGCACUGGGAGGUGAGUUGCUGCCGCAGCUGCUCCUCGGGGUCUCGGGCUCCCAGGCUCGUGCCAGACUGCCCGUAGAGUCCAUUGCAGGCGCACCGAGCGUCUUGGCGGCCUCGCCUUUCGCGACGAUGCACGGCCUUCCGUCACCACUCGCCGGCCCUUACAACGGCGUGCCUCAAGCCGGCGGACUUGCCGGCCUCGGUGGGUUCAACCUCGGCGCUGGUGCCCUUGGCGUACGCGUGCCCGGCAGCCCUCAGCCUUCGUGCGUCCUGCUCAUCAGCAAUCUCAACGAAGAGAUGGUCACGCCUGACGCUCUCUUUACCCUGUUUGGCGUUUAUGGGGAUGUACAACGUGUGAAGAUUUUGUACAACAAGAAGGACUCGGCACUCAUUCAAUUAGCCGAACCACACCAAGCUCACCUGGCCAUGACCCACAUGGACAAGCUCAAGGUGUUUGGCAAGCCGAUCCGAGUGAUGCUGAGUAAGCACCAAAAUGUCCAGCUGCCGCGCGAAGGCCAGCCAGAUGCCGGCUUGACCAAAGACUACACCAACAGCCCCCUGCAUCGUUUCAAGAAGCCAGGCUCGAAGAAUUACCAAAACAUAUACCCCCCGAGCGCCACUCUGCAUUUGUCAAACAUUCCAGCCACGGUAACCGAGGACGAGAUCAAGGAGGCCUUCACGAAGAAUAACUUCACGGUCAAGGCUUUCAAAUUUUUCCCCAAGGACCGAAAGAUGGCCCUCAUCCAGUUGCCCUCUAUGGACGACGCCGUGGCGGCUCUCAUUAAAAUGCACAACUACCAGCUCAGCGAGUCAAACCACUUGCGGGUUUCCUUCUCCAAGAGCAACAUCUAACAAGAGAGGCCGCCAGCUUACGAGCCCCAGCAGUGGUUCCAGCCCUACACCCUCGUCCACUAUUGGUACCCCAGUGCCGUACACGACUGAAAUACAAUGUUUUACACGAAUGAACAAUAUUUACGACCUCAUCUAGCUCGACGCGCAUCGUCGUCGACGUGAUUAUAUACUGGACAGUUUUAAUGAAAAAAAAACAAAAAAUAAUAAUAAUAAUCCGUGAGCAAAGUCCACGCGCGCGCGUCUUGAAUUGUCAAACGAGCGAAGCCAAGGGUCAAACAACGAGAGUUCGAGUGGUUUGACGAUGGAAUGGAAAUAGGAAAGAGUGUGUGGGAAAGCUUCGCAGACGAGGUGUGCUGUCCGCAGUGUGCGUGACCUCGUAGCGGUAUAUUUUUGUGCGUCCGAAAAAGAGGAGGGUGGUGACACGGGGCUGAGAAUUGCGUUUGAUACGGUCUUCGAUGAACGCCGGUAUACACGCGAGCCACGAAUUAAUGGCAGUGAACACAAUACACACACACACACACACACACACACACACACACGCACACACACAGAGACACGGUACACGACACAUGUAUGCAAAAACAGCGUUCCUAGCCGCGAUAAUUUUUCAUUCGAAAGUAACGGGAGACAGCAACAAUGGCCACGCAGCAGUUGUUCGUGUGCUCCCGGAAGACGUUCGCCCGUCGACGUUUUUUUUUCUUUUCUCUUCUUCUUU